AUGUCUAUUCCACAUGUUGGCCAGUACACUUGGACUCGACUGCCCAGCCCAACGCAACACACUCGCCAUGCACGAUCCCGUCCGCGUAACCUGUCGCUCCUCGCCUGCCUGGCCGCCAGCCUUUCCAUUGCAGUAAUUUUGAUAUCAUUUUCCAUAUGCAAGUAUCUCCGCAGCAGAGGCCGAGGGUCAGGAAUUAUACACCGCAACCUGGCAGCAGAAGGUGGGGACGGUAUCGACGAAGAAGUGCUUUCCAUCAUAGAAGGUUGCCUAGACUUGGAGGCCGAUAUGGGGGUUAUGCAGGAAAGAGCGAUUUCGAGUUCUACAAGUGACUCGUCACACCGGGUAACGGAGUUAGUGUCAAUGCUCUCAGAGGCCGCCGCUGCGAAGGAAUCAGUAGAAGGACGUCUUCCCGUUGGAGGGGAGGUAGACUCGAGCGAGCAGUGGCUGGAGGAGCAAAGUGAUUUUGAGGAUGAAGACAAUGAUAUGGGGUGUGUGCCAACUCCUUCGAAGGGGGCAUUUGUUGAACGCAGUGGAUUUACUGGUGUGGCUCCUGCUCUGGACCCCGAUUCCUGGAUGGAUACAAUUCCAAGCAUCAGCAUUCAGCCUCAAGAGUCGGAAAAUUUGUUGUGGGUUAAGCAUGACAACAGAGAUCCUAACCAUGCUCUAAAAUCCGCUAUAUCGAACCGAGAGCGCCCAGAAAGUCUCAGAGAUCUACUGGAUCCUGGCGACAUUCGAGAUCAUCCGUAUGUUCGGCUGCCAGUGCUUGAGGAAGGCGUACGCCCGAGGCGACUACGUGUAUCCGUCCUCUUUGCGCAGCAGCCAAGGAAGUCAUCACCUCAUGUUUACCUACAGGCUUUGCGGAGCUUAUUUGAAAAGAAGACACUCAACCAAAGGGAUGUGGAUAUCCUCCUAAAUGCUGUAGAACGGCUGGUGGUAACAUCGUGGCUUCAGAGCCAAAAGCCACCGAAACAGAGUCGCCCUCGUUUCUUGGUGGAAGUUUUAGGUGAUCAUUUUUUGGCGUUGGAUGCCAUCGUGUGUGCUAUCGAACUUGUUGGGGAGCAUAUGCAGCUUUCGCUGUGGUGGGAGAAGUUCACAGCAAGCUUUAAUACGAACCUCUCCCUGCCAGCUCCAUGGUCAAGUGGAAGUACAUUAGUGAAAUUCCACAGGCAAUUAGCAAGACGCCUUAUAGCUGCCUUAGAUAUCUACAAACAGGGAAGGCGCCCUCCACCUGGAGAGGUGGUUGCUUUGAAAAAGCUCCUGUUCUGUCAUCCACCCAGCCGCCUUCAUUUCAGGGAUCCUAAAUGGGAUCCCUGGAGACACGAUGGAGAAUGUUCUUGA